UUUUUAGCACUGAGAUAACUCAAAAGUGCGUUUCACUUAAAAUGAUGUAGCAUGUUAAGACAGGUUGGGAGAGACUAAAGAAUUUUAUCACUGAAUUGAAAGACAUUUGCUGCUUUGGCCACACCCUUCAAAAGACAGUAGAACAUGAACACAGGUUGUUUUGUGCACAAGGACCAGUAAACAGCAAGUGAAUCUUAAAGGAUAAAGGAUUUUUCCCUACUGUGAGAAGAGGCUGCUUCCAAAGAAGAGUAACGUGUGGAGACCUCUGCACGCCUAGAAUACCAACUGAAAUUGCAGUUUCCAGAUGGCUUUCAAGCACAGUGGAUUGUCUUUCUGUAGGUUGUGCAACGACAACUUAAAAUAUGGGAUCUAAGAAAUCCAAACCAGAUGAUGAACAACAUUUAUUAGGGGAUACAGAUGAUGAAAUAACAGUGCUCUUUGACAAGAUCAAAAUUGUGCUCAUUGGAUGUCAGAAAGCUGGGAAAAAUAAGAUUGGAAAUGCCAUUCUCGGGAAGAACGCCUUCACAUACCUGAACACACGUAAAGAACACUACUUGAAGGAUGACAACACAAUAUUUGGAAGACGCAUUACGUUAAUCCGUGUCCCUGGUUGGUCUCAAGACUUGAGCUCUGAUGAUAUUAAGCAAUUUAAAAUCCAGCAAGUGAUUAAAGACAGUGUGAAGUCGUUUAAAGAUGGACCUCAUGCUAUUCUACUGGUUGUGAAAAGAAACACGACACUUACAGAGACAACAAGAGAGACACUGGAAAAACUUUUGGGUUCCAAUGUUUCUGAGCAUAUGCUAGUUUUUUCUAUAGAUGGAGCAAAGAUUUCAUUUGCUACCAUGAUUGACCACUGUGCAGAGAGGAGACAAACAACAAUUGACAGAUGCAAAAAAGAUAUCACCUCUUUAGGAGAUGCAUGUGUGGAAAGCAAAACAUGGAGUUACUACAACUGCAGCAACAUUGAAGGUGGAAUGGAAAAAUUCAAACAAGCUGGCAUGGCAGGUGGCUCCCAUGUAUUCAAUUCGGAAGAGAUUGAUCUUGAAGACUGGUAUGACAUGCUUGUUAAAAUCUUGAGUGACCUGACUGAACAACAGCUUGAAAAAAUGAAGUACAUCAGGAGCAACAGAGGGCAAUGCAGAAUUCCUAAAGGCCAUGUAAGGGACCGAAGUCCAAACAACCUGGCAUGGCUCAUGGUUGAACACUGGGGUGAAGAGCAGUGUAUCAUUAACACAAUAAAUGUUCUGAAAGACAUCCCACGGAAUGACAAGAACACGGUUGACCUCAUUACGCCAUUCUUACAGAAGAUUGAAGAAGCGUGGUAA